CUUCAGAUAUUGGAAUUCUGGUUUAAUUCUAACACAUAUCAUAUCUUGUCUUAAUAUAAUAAUCAUUCUAUGAAUAAUGAUCAAAUUCUGUAUAUUCUUAUUAUGUCAAGCUGAUUGUUGAGCUAUUUUCAGGGUGAUCGAUCAAUCAUGUCUUUAGCGUCAAUAUACAAGUACAACACGUUCCAGAAUCUCCCGGAAGACAGGUACGAAGGGGAGGUUUUGGCAGGGACCUGCUCCGAUAUUUGGACAGGGAUCCUGACAGUUCUUGUCGUGGGUCUUGCUGUUACAGGUGCCAUCAGUCUGUGUUUUCCGGCAUUGUUGUUGACGAGAGACGAUGGUCAUUCCUUACCGCAGAUUAAAAUCAACUCUUUCUCCGUCACAGGAUUCAACUUCUCAUCUAACCAGGUUUAUGGUAACUGGGACUUUGAAUUUGUUGCUGCCAACUUCAACGAUGGAGACAGCAUGAUUUUCGCCUUCCAGCACACCAGUGUUUCCCUUCUGCUAAAAAACCACGACGUUCCUGCUUAUAUGACAAAUCUUCAGCCGUUUGAAUUGGGUCCAGAAAGCUUGAAAUCACACUUAGUUGGAAAAUUUUCUGGGUCCUCGGAGUUUCUUGAUGAUUCGGUAACAAAAAUUGUUGCCAAUGAAAUAAUGACGGAUGGAGUCGUGAAGUUCGACGUGAAGCUUGAAGCUUUAGUGAAGACCAAGUUGAGAGUAGGUGUGUUGGUGGCUAACUGUGAUGACAUGGGGGUUUUGAUUUCCAUGGAUACAGGUAUGGGGAAGAUGGUGGGUGGCACCGUGGAUUGCAAUGUAGAGUUCACAGCUAAUUUUAAUUAGAAUAUAUUUUCAACGUUUUGUAAUUUAACAGUGUUUAGUAUAGUUUGCUAGCUUUUACAGAA